AUGUUCGUUAUCGGUGGCAUCAACUGCAAUCCCUGCAAGCCACUGCCUCAGACCUGUGAUGCCCAACAUGUUCGUUAUCGGUGGCAUCAACUGCAAUCCCUGCAAGCCACUGCCUCAGGUACCCUGGCCGAGGCAGGCAAGCUGCUGGUGAUGCCCAUGGAUGGGAGCCACUGGUUUUCUAUGCGUUCGGUUGUGGAGAAACUCAUGGAUAGAGGCCAUGAGGUGGUCAUAGUCAUGCCAGGGGUGAGUUGGCACCUGGGAAAAUUGUCGAAUUGGACAGUAAAGACUUAUUCAACUUCUUACACUCUGGAGGAUUUGGAUCACAGGUUCAUGGCUUUUGCCAAUGAUCAUUGGAAAACUCCAGCACAAAGUAUAUUUUCUGUGCUCAUGAGUUCAGUCAGGAGUUUUUUUGAAUUGUUAUUUUCACAUUGUAGGAGUUUGUUUAAUGACAGGAAAUUAAUAGAAUACUUGAAAGAGAGUUCUUUUGAUGCAGUUUUCCUGGAUCCAUUUGACAUGUGUGGCUUGAUUGUUGCCAAAUAUUUUUCACUCCCAUCUGUGGUCUUCACCAGGGUACUACAUUGCCAUUUUCUUGAAGAAGGUGCACAGAGCCCCAGUCCUGUUUCUUACGUUCCCAGAUUUUUCUCAGGGUUCUCAGAUGUCAUGACCUUCAAGGAGAGAGUACGGAACUACAUUUUCCACUUGGAGGAACAAUUAUUUUGCCCCAUUCUUUUCAAAAGUGCCUCAGACAUUGCCUCUGAAAUUCUCCAGACACCUGUGACAGCAUCUGAUCUCUUCAGCCACACAUCCAUUUGGUUGUUACGAACUGACUUUAUUUUGGAAUAUCCCAGACCUGUCAUGCCCAACAUUGUUUUUGUUGGUGGCAUCAACUGCAGUCCUUGCAAGCCACUGCCUCAGGUGAGUUAUCCCUCCUUUAGCACACGAAGAAUAAUAUGGGUCGGCCGUUGAAUAAAGGAUUCCUUACUGGGGUGUGAUUUGUCAUUUAUAGGUGUCACAGUUGGUAUUUCUUUUUGGUUUAAUGAAUUAUUUAGUGCCAAUCCAUUUGACAGUGGGCUGGCACAUUUUCUAAAGCUGUCCUCAUUGACAUGUAUGUGUAUGCCAUUGAUAUAA